CGCCUGCCACCAUUGUUACGUCCGGAUUUUAGAUUUCGGUAUCUGUGAUGAGACAAUUUCAUAGUUUUAUAAGAAUGUAUUUGUAAUUUACAAGUGAUAGCAUUUAUUGUUUUCUAAAGUCUACGUCGGAGGUGUCGUUAUUAGCUGCGGUAUAGCCGUAGUCGGAUAAUGUCAGGAACGCUAAAACCUUACCUGGCAGCAGUGAGGAGAACACUUACUGCUGCUAUGUGUUUAGAGAACUUCUCCUCUCAAAUAGUUGAGAAACAUAAUAAACCUGAAGUUGAAGUGCGUGCUAGUAAAGAACUUCUUCUGACACCGAUAUUAAUAAGCAGAAAUGACAAGGAGAAAGUAUUGAUCGAAUCAAGUAUAAACAGUAUGAGAAUAAGCAUUGCUGUAAAACAGGCUGAUGAUCUAGAAAAGCUACUAUGUCAUAACUUCACAAGAUUUAUGACAAUGAGGGCAGAACACUUUAUUAUUCUCAGGAGAAAGCCAAUAGAGGGUUAUGAUAUUAGUUUUUUAAUUACAAACAUCCAUGUAGAGCAAAUGUACAAACACAAGAUCGUAGACUUUGUGAUUUAUUUCAUGGAAGAAAUUGACAGAGAGAUCAGUGAGAUGAAAUUGUCAAUGAACGCAAGAGCUCGCAUUUGCGCAGAAGAAUUUCUAAAAAGGUUUUAAUUUUACGGACACGACGUGUUAGCAACAUAGCAAUAAUCACAAACGCCAGGUCACUAAAAGUAAUAGUGCCCAUAAAUCAAUCUGGUUAAUACAUAGCCAGAAGAUAUUUUAACGGAUUAAUAUCUUAAAUUGACUCCGAACGCUCCUUAAUCCAGACACGCCGAUCCCUACUAUCGUCCGUUCUCGAAAACAAAUUCAUUUGAAUAUGAAUAUACAUUUAUCGACUAAUCACUGUCAUCUCCAGCUGUGUGUGUAACGAAUAACAAGUCUGAUGUACAUGUAAGUACCUUAACGGUAUUAAAUUCUGCACGCGCAGUUCGCGAACGAUAACUGCGAGCAUACUCGCGAUCGUGCGUUUCUUUCUCCCAGAAAGAGGGAAGUUGAAACACUUAAUGGUGGUGUAUGAGUAAAGCGUGCAAUUCUUUUUUGCAUUUAUAAAGUUCUAUUUAUCUUACGAAACACUGUAUCCAUAUGAUUUAAUACUAAUGUAAAUACAAAUAAACGAGAAGAAUCGUAA